AUGACGACUUCAAUGACUCCAAUCGCGGAAGAACUCGGACGGGGAAGGGAGAAGGCGGUAGAGCUGGGCGAUCUCGAUCUCGACUCGGCUAAGCUGGACGACAUGGUUCAUGCGUUGGGAAGGCUGGAGCUUGAGAAACGAGGCCUGCUGGAAAACAUCCGUGUUCUUCGCCUUCGUCUUGCGGACGAAAAGGAAGACCAGAGUGACGUCUACUACUACCUCCACAAGAAGCUCGAUGACAACUACGACGUCAUCAGCGCCCUCCAAAGGCAGCUCAUGGUCGAAACAGCCGACCGAGAAAAGGCGGAAAAAGAGUACACCAGGCAGAUCGAGGAGCUGGAGGCUCGCAGAGACGAGGAGCUCGGGCCGCUGAAAGAAAAGCUCAUGACGGAGGAGGAGCAGCUGAAUGGCAUGCACGAGGCCGCGAAGAACAAGCAAGAGGCGGACGCGAAGCGAGCUCGGCUCGAGUGCGAAAUCGAGACGACACAGUUCACGUUCGAGAACGACCUCAACACCGAGCGACGCAAGAAACUACAGGAGAAGCAGCGGGUGCGGACGCAGGUCGAGGAAGAGAUCAUGACGCUCAGCUCCGAGCUUUUCUCCAAAAAGGAAGUUGAGCUCGCCGACAAAACGGUGCGUGCCAAGGACAACAACGACAAGCUGCACGCGGCGUUGCAGGCGAAGGCCAAGCAGGCCGAGCAGAUGAUGGUGAUGAACCAGGGCCUGAUAUUCGAGAACAGGAGCUUGAGAAACGACUUGGAUCUUGCGGAAGCAUCGGAGGAAGUCCUACACAAGCGCGUCCGGCUGUACCACGAACUCGUGAUCAGCCUCAAGGCCCGGCUGGAGCAGGAGGCCUGCGACGACGACGCUGAGGACGAUGACGUCAGCGACGGACAGGAGCUGGCCGAGCUCGAGGAGUCUCUAGCGAGUAGCGGUGGCGGCGGCGGUGGCAUUCGAAAAGCAGCAGACGACACCACCGUGUCUUGCCUGGACACUCUGUCUUCGACGUCGGACACACCUUCCAGCGCCCAGGUCAUCUGGGCCGGCGGGGCCUGCGGGGCCCUCGCGUACGAGUCCGUUGACGAGCUCCGCGUCGCCGUCGAGAGCCUGCAGCGCUUGCACACCGAGCUGCGAGAGGAGGCAAGCCGACUGACCGUACGGAUCGAGGAGGCUGUGGAUUCCGCUCCUGCGGCAGGGACCGAGGGGGGUCGUGGCCGCGACACGGAGGACCCCGUGGUGUCGUGCCUGAUUGAGGCGGCGGAGGAAUGGAUGGCGGCAGCGUUGGCUUCACGACCGGCGAGGCCGGGUGAAGAGCGGGACAGAAUCGGCGGCGGCAGCGGCGGCGGCGGUGGCAGCGGCAAUGAAGAAGAAGGCCCGCCCCUGCUGUUGCUCCCUGCGUCGGCAAGUAGAAGAGAACGCUCCGUGCGGGGUUCGCCAGGUGACCACAGCGGCGCGACCACUCCCAACAACAACAUCACCGGCGCCAUCGAUCGCCGCUACAACCUGCGGAGCGGCAGCGGAAAGCGUGGGAAAACUGCGGACAGCAGCAGGAGUGGCAAGCGAGGGGCGGUGGCGACGGCACGUGGUGGAUCAGCGCUCGCAAAUCAGCGAAGAAAACAGACGCCGUCGCCGUCGCCGUGUACGACGCCAAGCGGCGGCGGCCGCGACGGCGGAGCGCUGGCGGCGGCUACCAAAACCCCGCUCCGCCGUCGGGAGCUGUUUUACCACCUCGUGGACGCGUUCCGAGAAUACCAGAGGAGAAGGACAAGCCAGCACGUCGGCGAUGGUGCUGUUGACGUAGGCAGCGACCGGCUUCCCGGCGGAGAAGAGUGGGGGCAAAAAGGUGUUCCGGGGACAGGAACUACGGCAGCGGAAGCCGGAGGGCCCGACGGAGGUGGCAGCAACGCCAGCACCGAGUUUCCACCCGUUGGUGUUUCGUUCGGUGACGACGGUGACCUGCACUCGGCGAGCGAUGGCCUGUCCGCGUCUGUUCGGACUCUGUGCGACUUCGGGCCGCCGGACUGCCACAGCGUGUCGACGCAAACCGUUGCCAAGCACUUCCCGGAGAAGUUCGCGUCGGUUAGGCCUGCCCGAAGGCUGGUGGUCAACAGCACCUUCCUCACCUCUCACAGCACCGUCACCAACAGCGUGCUCUCCGCCAGCACCGUGCGGAGCUGGGGCUACGGCGCGGCCUCCUUCGACGGCCAAACCGACCGGCGACUCUAG